GGGAGCCAUUUUGUUCGUGACGACAGUUUGGCCAUGUAAGAAGUGCUACGUGUCGCCUGAAACUGUGGAAAUAUUUGUGGCAUUCUUGUUGCCACGGUAACUCUCUUUUUUGCCCAUCUUGGCCUCUCGACCCAAACUCACAAGUGUCACCAAGGGGUAUUGACUACUGUUGCCUAGCAACAACCAUGGGAGCCAACAGCAGCAGCUUCAGCGAGCUGACCACCAAUCCCUUCCUGCAGCGGUUUGUGGGCAAAGAGGUGGUGUCGGAGAAGGAUCCGUUCUGGAACCAGUUGUUGUCGUACUCCUUCCGAGUUCCUCACUGUAGCUCAGACGCUCGCCUGUUGGAGGAAUCCACACUGCACUUGUGCAAGAUGCUUGCCCAAAACAACUUGCAGUCUGGUAACCUGUGUACGUUAAUCCGAGUAUUCUUGAAGAGGGUUGCAGAGCUCAAGACUUCAACACAGAAAGAAGACCAUGUCUUUGUCUGGCAGACGUACAAUGCCCUCUUCAUCAUCCGGAGUUCCCUAAAGUACCUUCUGGAGAAUUUCUCUGAGGGGCGUAUUGUCCAGCAUCUGUCGGUGGUGGUGCCCGACGCGGCGCGGACUGCCGCUUUUCUAGAAGAUGGUCUGGAUGGGUUGGACAUGGCAGAUAACGAGAGUAGACCUGUACAGACUCUCUUGGAAGAGUUCCUGCAUUCGUUGCUGACGCUCCUGGUUGAAGUACCCGUCCUAAAUUUCAGCUACGUACUCCAUCUUGAAGCCAUCAACACGUUACUGAUUGUGCUGUCAGUCCAGAUGUUCAUCCCAAGAAUUGCCCACAAGAGCCUCUUCUUCGAUUGCAUGAUGCAGGGCAACUGUGCCAAGGAUGCCCACAUUUUGGUGAAAACCCUCCUGGACCAUUUUGUGAAGCACGAGGAGUGUCCAGCAGAGUUACUGAAGCCCCAGGAAUCGUCGCCUAGCUUCCUGUAUGGAAUCACGGCAGCCGUUGCAGCGGGCCUUUGGGCAGUCUUAACCUUGGGCUACGGGUCAAGAGGUCAUAAACCAGAGCCUGAGGACAGGGGGCUGUUAGCCAAUCAGAGCCUUCUGCUGCUGAUGGUUCUGACCAAUCAUUACACACACGACAAAGGUGUGCACAACCCGUAUCGGAUUGCUCUCUGCAUGUUUUCAAAUUCGCAAGACGGGGGUACACCAGGGGCUUUGGUGCCUCCGUUCAAGACCAACUUUGCCAAUCUCUACGAUGCUUUCUGUAGCCAUCUCAAAGAGGACCAAGCCACCUUGCUCCUGUAUUCCCUCCUGCAUCAGAACCUGAACUUCAGGACCUACAUCCUGUCCAAGACAAACAUAGACCAACUGGUGAUACCCCUUCUAAAAAUCUUGUACUACGCCCAAGAUCGCAACUUUCAUCACAUUUACAUGGCGCUCAUAGUGCUGCUUAUUCUCAGCGAAGACGACGCGUUCAACAAGAGUGUUCAUGAACUGGUGGUCAAGAACAUCACUUGGUACACAGAGCGAAACAUCUCUGAGAUAACCCUAGGGGGUCUCAUUGUGCUGGUCAGUAUUCGGACCAUACAGUACAACAUGACAGGCAUGAGGGAUAAGUAUCUCCACACCAACUGUCUGGCGGCGUUGGCAAACAUGUCAUCGCAGUUUCACUCGCUGCAUCCUUACGUCACUCAGAGAAUAGUCAGCAUGUUUGAGUCUCUGACUAAGAAGCAUGAUCGAAUCGUUACCCAGCUUCGGGAGCGAGCAACAGAGGUCCAGUCUAUGGAAGAAGAUCCUGAAUGCGAGAUCCUGCUUUCCGAUCUUGCUGUCUUGGAGGAUAGCAUCCGCAUGGUCUUGGAGAUCAUCAACUCCUGUCUGACUAACAUGUUGCCCCACAAUCCCCACCUCAUCUACACGCUCCUCUACAAGUGCGAGAGGUUUUCUGGGUUCAAGACGCAUGCCAAGUUCUAUGACAUCAUCCAGAAUAUCGACACAGUCCUUGCCUAUUUCACGCAGAGACUUGAGCAGAAUGAGCACCACAACUUGACGGUCCACCAAGUGCUCGACAUCAUCAAGCAGGGCAUACUACAGUGGCCUAGAGACCGGCUCCGGAAAUUUCCAGACCUGAAAUUCAAAUACGUGGAGGAGGACCAGCCAGAGGAAUUCUUCAUUCCUUACGUGUGGUCUUUGGUCUACCACUCCUCUAACCUAUACUGGGAUCCAGACAGGAUUGAGUUAUUCACCCUGAACUCCAGCUAGGAUACGGUCCAAACGAAAGCAAGAUGUGAUACGAAGGAAGGUAGGUGACCAAACCUACUCUCUCUUCUUUCUGCAACGAUGUGAUGUGUUUAAUCAUUUGCGUUUGUGCUGCGGACAGCAGAAAGUUUGAGUUCCCCCAAAUGGAAUUGGCGGGUUUUCUUACGACGGCUUUUGUGUGUAUCGGAAUUUGUUGGGAGAAUGUAUUUGCCAUUUGAAGGGCUGCUUUAAAGUGGGCAUCUUUGGAGAAGAUUGUGUCAAAAAUGGAACCGUCGAGGAUGUUGUGCUUCUUACAGUAGUCAAGAGAUGAAAGGAUGCACCUUUGAAUCUGGUGAGGAACGUGACAACAUGUUUGCUCAUUGAUGAGA